ACAUCCAAAAGGAUGUUUAAUAAAUGCGGAAGUUUCUAGUACAAAAUUUUAGAUCGUCGGUGUAAAAAGAUUUAGUUUCGUGGAGAAAAUUUACACUUUUGUAUAUUUAACUUAUCUUCUGGUUUGUUUACAGAUCAAAACAUGGAAAUUUUAAAAUUAUAAUCAUGCAAUUGUCUCUGAGUUUUAAAAGGUUUUUCAGGUUUAAAUAUUUUAUUUUAGAAACUCACACGGUUUAACUAAAAAUGACUUCAAAAACUGUUAACAAAGAAUUAAUUAAUUAUGAAGAAUCAGUCGAUUUUGAAACGGCAAUUUCUGAGGCGCAUUUUGGAAAAUUCAAUAUUUUCCUCAUAUUAUUAAUAGUAGCAAGUUAUUUCGCUAUAAAUUUUGAUUUGACGACGAUGUCUUAUGUUAUACCAAUAGCUCGAUGCGAUUUACAAAUAACUUUAGAACAAGCCGGACUUUUAAAUAGUAUUACAUAUUUAGGAAUGAUUCCGAGUGCUUUUAUAUGGGGUUUUAUGGCCGAUACGAUAGGAAGAAAGAAAAUAAUCGUUUCUUGUUUUGCGAUAAACGCCUUUUUUAUUAUUUUAAUCGGAAUUUCGCAGACUUAUAAAAUGUUGGUGGUUUUAAAAUUUUUUUCUGGAUUUAUUAUAAGUGGUCCCAUUGGUACAUUAACAUCAGUGUUAUCUGAAUAUCAUUCCUCGCAAUAUCGAGCUCAAGUUGUGCUUUUAAUAGGGCUUGUUUAUGCGGCGGGAAAUAUGGUGGUGCCCCUUUUAGCCUGGUUGAUAAUACCGUUGAAUUGGAACGUUAAGUUCUUAAACGGAACGUUAAAGUCGUGGAACUUUUUUUUGAUGAUAAGUUCGUUUCCUUGCAUCAUCAGUUCGAUUGGGCACUUUUUCAUACCGGAAAGUCCGAAAUAUUUGAUGACAGCUGGUAAAAAUGAGGAAGCUUUAAGAGUUUUCCAAAAAGUUUUUUGUUUGAAUACGGGGAAAUCCCCCGAAAAUUAUCCGGUUAAAAAGCUUAUCAACGAAGAUAAAAGGGUUGAGAGUACUUCUUCGAUUCAAGCUUUAAAAAAUGGGGUUCAACAAAUUAAACCGUUGUUUCAACGAGAUUAUUUAUGGAAUUUUUUGUUGAUUGGUAUGAUUCAAGUUGGAUUUGUGGCGUGUAUGAAUAGUUUAAGGACUUGGUUGCCACAAAUUUUUACUAUUUUAACUGAUUAUAAGACAAAUAAUCCAAAUAGUGAUGCUGAUUUUUGUAAAAUGAUUCAAAAUUUUACUAAUAUUAAUUCGACUGCGGAAUUAGAUAAUUGUAACGAGAAUCCUGAUAGCUCAGUCUAUAUAAACUCUUCAAUUAUAUUCACCUCAACCAUAUUAGCCUUUUUAAUCACCGAAUUAACGAUAAAUAAAUUGGGAAAGAAACCAAUUUUAAUCGUUAUUGGUGUCAUCAGCGGUUUAGCUGGAUUCUUCAUCUAUUUCUCGGUCAACAUCGCAAUGAUGACUGCUUUGGCUGCGAUAAACACUGGCUUAGGAACUGUUUGUACUGAUGUUUUAAUGACUAUUUCUGUUGAUGUCUUUCCUACAAGUUUAAGAACUGUUGGAUUAGCUAUAAUUUUUACCAUGGCUCGAGUGGGAAUAUUAUCCGGAAAUAUGCUUUUUCCCGUUUUAUUGAAAAUAGGUUGCCUACCACCGUUUUUAACGAUAGGAUGUACGAUUUUGAUAUGUUCGAUGCUAGUUUUUUUGUUACCAAAUACAGACAAUAAAGCGCUUGAGUAAGAUGA